CUAAACAGCUGCUGAUGCUGACAGAGGUUUUUUGAAAGAAUAACAUGAUGGCCUGACAUACAUGCAGGUCUGCAAUAGUUACUAACAUCCUUUUUACAAAUUUAACACAUCUACUGACUUGAUAUAUUAACGAACCUCAUUGCCAUUCUGUCAGCUAUCUUAAAUGAGAUUAAACGACGUAGAUCAAGACCAUGGCAACAAACAUUUCGAUGAUCAAGAGCGCUGCAAUAAUGAUAUGGAUCCCUUUUUCUACCUGAAAGAUGAAGAAACAGAAAAAAGACAGCAUUCUUAAAAGCAGACAACCUGACACAACCCAAAAGGAGCGUCAUUGAAGGCAACAUUUACACACAGCCAGAACAGCAUGGCUUGUGCCGACAUUCCCAUGGACAUCCUUGGGGAGCAGAAUGAUAAUAGAGGAGACCAGAAGGGCCCAGUGAUACAACAUUACAAACCAACGAAAUUGGUGCCUUGCUCAAAGGGUCCGUUGCAUGACUUGCUACAGAAGCAACCCGCUGUCUUAGGGAGUCUGCAAUUAAUUAACGGGUUGAUGAGUUUUGGAGUCGGAGUCUUGUUCGCGGUGACCCAGGGAGUGACUCAGAGCCUUUUAGCGUUGUUCAGGGUCCCACUCCUGACUGGAUCACUGUUUUUAAUUUCUGGAUUGUUGUCCAAUCUUCUGUUCAAAUUUCCAAGAUUACUACCUGUCUGCAUGUUUGCCAACAUAGGCUCCUUAACUGUAGCGGCUGUUGGGUGCGUGCUAAUUUGCACAGAUUUCUUUGUCUCAGCACUCCAGGGUGAAUUUCUGAAGAUGGAGGUGCUGAUGCUCUGUGUGUUGGUGAUGGAAAUUAUCAUAUCUGCAGUUCUCACCAAAUGGAUUUAUGUGGAACAACGUAGUCAUUCAAAAUGAGCAAAAUCAUUCUUAGGAGGACAGCAUCCAAAAGACAUCUUACAACUGGAAAUGUGCUCCCAGUAUAUACAACUUGGAAAUAAAGAUAUGAUGUUACAGUAUGCAGUAAAACAAUUAACCAGUACCUUGUUAGUUCUCAGAGCUUUAGAGAAGCUGAGGUCUACAUCCUUUUGUAGCACAUACGCUUGCUAAAUGUGGAAUGAAAACAGCAGUAGGCUUGUGGUUAAAAAUCUAGUUUCACAAGGGCACACAGGCAAACACUGUUCAGUACAAUUUCCUUCUUGAUUUGUGGUUCCUGUUUAAGGUAUCAUUGUAUCUAUGUGCCUAUGUGCAAGGAGUUUCCAUGGUGGUGAGGGUAGGGGGAGGGCAGAUUGGGAUUUUAUGUGUACUGUAGCUGUAGCUUAGUCAAUAAUAUUGACUGUAUAAUGUUAGUAGGCUGAAGGCAUUAGGAAGAAAACAUUUUGAUAUUUUUUUGAUACUAUGGUUUAUUACUUACAUAACAGAAAACAUAACAGACUUGAAAUGCACAACAUGUUAAGAAAAGACAGACAAGACAAUAUAGCCUGCAGUAACAGGCUGCUAAUACCAACUGUCUCCAGUCAAAUUCAAAUUAGUUUGUCUUUGAAAAUUGCAUUGUAAAAAACUCAUCUACAAUAUACACAUGAAUUUCUAAUCAAUAAAACAAAUAUACAGACCAUGACGUACCAGCAUUUGUGAAAUUUUUGUUGUACUGCAUAGCAAUGUCAAAUUCACAAGACAUCAUUAUGAAAUGUCAUAAGACCUUUUUUUUA